UGACGUCGUCGCUGGGACCUGCAAGAUCCGGGUCUGCUGAAACCUGCCCAGGUGCAGUGCCACCUGCUGGCUGGCCUUGCCGCUCAUCAUGUUUCCUUCGCGCGUACCUGGGCGGAGCUGCAUGCAGAGUCCAGAUGCUGCUUCCUGAAUUCACUGCGCUUGCUCACUAACACUCAAACCAGACUCAGGCAACUGGGUUUCCGCUCUCCACUGACCCAGUGAAUCGCUGAUAUUCACAGUAUCAACAGUAUUGCACACCUACGACAAUGGCUCGUACGGACUCUACGCCUUCGGAGCCAAAGCCUCCAACAUCAUCUCCAGCCCCCGUACCGCAAGCGCCCACCACCUCCGAAGAAUCAACAGCGUUCCGUCCAUCAUCACAGUCAGGAGACGAGCCACGGUUAUCGAUGGCUUCUACGGAGGCGGCAGAACCACCAUUUUCUCCCAGCAGCACCACACCGGUGCUGGAGAAGGAUGAGGAAGAUAGCGAUUUCGGCAGCCAUUCCGAGGUCAACGACGACCUGCCCACGGAGAAGGACCUCAAGCGAGUCGAAAACUUGCUCAUUCUAGAUUCCAAGGGCCAGUCGCGCCCAUUCAAGGAUCUGUAUUCCGGAGAAGGCGUUGCGCCGCGACAGCUCAUCAUCUUCGUCAGGCAUUUCUUCUGCGGGAACUGCCAGGAAUACUUACGCACCCUCUCUUCCUCCAUAACGCCCGAAUCGCUCCUCGCUCUCCCAACCCCCGCCUUCAUAACCGUCAUCGGCUGCGGCCGCCCCGAGCUCAUCGACAUGUACGCAGAGACGACGAAAUGCCCCUUCCCGAUAUACGCGGAGCCCACACGGAAGCUGUACGAUAUCCUGGGCAUGACACGGACAUAUGAGCUGGGCAAGAAGCCGGACUACAUCCACACCAACCUCUUCGUCUCGUCCGUCCAGAGCGUCGUGCAGGGCCUGAAAACGGGCAACAAGGCCCUGAAGGGUGGAGACUUCAAGCAAGCUGGCGGGGAAUUCUUGUUCGAACAUGGGAAACCGGUGUGGGCGCAUCGGAUGCGGAAUACGAGGGAUCAUACCGAGGUGGAGGAAUUGAGGCAGGUGCUGGGGUUGGAGGUGGUCAAGGCGCCACUGAGGAAGAGCUGGAGUCAUGGGGUGAAGGAGGAGGGUGGGAGGAAGAGGAGUAGUAGUUGGGGGAGGUUAAGGAGUCUGAGCAAGGGGGCGAAGGAGAAGUUUGGGGAGAAGGAGAAGGAGAAGAAGGUGGUUGAGGAGGGAGCUGCUUGAGGGUAAUGGGGGAGGCACAUCACCUGCCGGUGGUAUCAUUGGUAUAUUGGCACGGAUUCUCUGGAGAUCAAUUGUUAGCAUAGGCACACAUCGCAUGUUUACUCGGGUACUAUCAUACGGUUGCGACCUAUUAGCAAAUGCUUCUGACGCUGCUGUCCUUCGGCCAUAUAGAUGUUCCCAAUACGGUAAACCCUAGAUUUCCUUGUAGAUGCCAAGACCAGUCCACAACAGCAGGAAGGCGUCAAUCCUGCAAAGCCGUGCUUCACCAUAACUGUAUACCU